AUGUCUUCAUUUCCAAAUGGCUUAAACUCUUAUGGUGGCUUUCAUGGUUCUUUUCCCAUCCAAAUGAAUUCCAUCUUUAUGGAUCGGUCAACGUUCAUUGCUUCUGACGACAUGAACCAUCGUGGUUUGCUUACUUCCUCUCCUGCGUUUAAUCGUUAUCAAGAUUCACAUGUGGCCUCACCUUCUUUUGGUUUCAAUAAUCCACAUGUCGCUUAUCAGAUGAGAGAAAACAUGGUUGAUUGCUUUCCUAUUCUCGACAACCCUCAUCUUUCUCAAGUCACUUUCACCGAAACCAUCACAAAAAGGUACUCUGCUAUUGUUCCUACCAAUCAUUUGGCCACUGUCCAAAAUGGAUUCGAAGGUUCCAUGAAUCCCAACAACAUUUGGAAUCCAUCCUUUGCACCUCCAAAUUUUGCCAACACACGGUGCGAGAUCUUGAACCCUACACCUCUCAAUACAUUUUUUCCGGAUCAAGAUUCUGUCUAUCCUAGGCAUGUGGACUUCUUUUCUUCUCCACCAAAGCGCCACCAUGACCAAAACGUUCCGGUUCGUCAACCGGUGAAGAAACGUUGCAAACCAACCAGAAAUGUUGAAGGAAACUUUGAUGGUUUUGGUUUGGAGGAAGAUGGUGACUACGAUGGUCGGACGCAUAGCCUACCGUAUGAGAAGUACGGUCCAUACACAUGUCCCAAAUGCAAAAGUGUGUUCGACUCUUCACAAAAGUUUGCGGCGCAUGUAUCGUCGAGUCACUACAAGAACGAGACCCUCGAGGAAAAGGCUCAGAGAUACAACGCGAGGAACAAAAGAAGACUUCGCAAAAUGAAGGAAAUGAUGAAUGGGGAAUCUCAGGGAACGGAAGACAAUGUUGUAGAGGAUACCGGAGGCAAUAACAACAUUGCGAGUGACAUUGAAGCUUUCCAACAUCAACUGAUUGUCAAGGAAGAACCGGUUUAUGAUUUUGUUUGA